GCGUGAGCUGGGUUUAAAUCAUUGUUUGAAUUGUACGGGUUAUGAGCGUUUAUAUAAGAAUCACCACGUUUGUCGUUUCGAAACAAAUUAACGGAUAUCAGUGUUUAUUUAUUUAAAGUUUGCGUCAGAACUCGAUUCGCUGAUAUAAAGGCGCCAUGUUACGAAACAUCGGCAAUGUCGCCUGCUUCACCAUUGUCCUCAUGACGUCACACCACGUGACCGGACAGGCGCAUGACGUGGCACAAUUGAACAGAAGGCUGACGAUAAUCAGUAAUUCUGUUGAAUACGAUAUCGCCGACAUCCGUCACGAGGUCAUGGAUCUGAAGAUGAUUGUCGAGCAGAUUGUUGGCGGUAAGAGGAACACUAGCGAUGGAUCCGUUGUUGGCCAGGGAAUAACAGAUCUUAAUCAAAGAGAGAUUACAGAUCUAAAUAAUAAGUUGAAUGCACAUGAAAGCCGACUGAACAGAUUAUUUAGUACUGUCAACGAAAUUCAAGUUGAAAAUACGUCACUUAAAAAUAAAGUACACCAAUGUUUCGAGGAAAAGGAAAAUGGCGAUAAAAAUGAACCUCUCAAAUUGAAGUCAGGGAUUGAAACUAAAUUCGACGCCAUAGUCAACGUUCUUCAAAUGAAGUUUGAAGAAACCGCAGCGGCGAUGAUGAAAGGUUACAAGGACCUGAAGACGCACGUGAACGCGAAAGUCUCUGCGGUCGAUCAAAUAAAUAAUCUUGCCCAGUCAGUUAUCUCCGAACAAAACAAACUGAGUACGAGGCUUGACCAGGCAGUGAACAAGCUCGAAGUCAACGAAUUGGUCGAGAAAAGGGAGAGAAACGAAUUGAUCAAUAACUUAAAAUCUGAACUUCUCCUGUUGAACGCAGGCGUUGAAACUAAAUUCGACGACAGAGUCAACGCUCUUCAAAAUAGGUUUGAAGAAUCCACAAUGGCGAAUUUGGCAGGUUACAAAUAUCUGGAAACGCACAUGUCCGUUCAAAUGAAAAAUAUUACCCAGUCGGUGAUCUCCGAACAAAACAAACUGAGUGCGAGGAUGGACCAGGCAGAUGAGAAGCUCGUAAGACUGGAUGGUGGAGUGAACAAGCUGGCUGACUUUUCGAGAAUUAUUGAAGAGCUGAAAGCAAAGACUGACAAGUGCUGCAUAGAUUGCGGAGACCCAACACCAGACCAUGGUACAGUAAACACUACAGAAACAACGUUUGGAACUGUUGUUCAAAUAUCAUGCAAUCACGGUUACGUACUGAGCGGCGAGAACAUCGCAAAAUGCAAUGCAGACUCUGUCUGGUCUGAAUUAGCCACGUGUAACCCAUAUGACUGCGGUAGCGCUGCACCAGCAAAUGGUGUAGCCAAAGCUCCCAAUGGCACUACCUACCAGAAGCAGGCUACUGUGCAGUGUAACCCAGAGUACACACUAAACGGCUCAUCAGUGAUAGAGUGCACUGCAACCGGCUGGAAUGACUCUGUCUCAUGUGUUAUACAAAAGCCAUACGGACUCGCAAAGACGGAUCUGGUUUUCAUUGUGGGCGCCAGCACGAGCGUCACGGACGCCAAUUUCCAGAAGAUGCGAGAUUUUCUCAAAGAAUUCCUCUCCAACGCCGACAUCGACUCUGGUUCUAUUCGAGUCGGCAUAAACCUCUACAACACCGAGGUUCAAAUCGAGUUCCAUUUAAACAGGUACAGAACAUCUCGUGACACCUUGGCGGCUGUUGACCGCAUACCGUACAUCAAAGGCUCGGCCAACACUGCCGACGCGCUGAAGUCGAUGUCCGAGGUUAUGUUCUCGCCCGCAAAUGGUGACAGGCCGGACGCCCCGAACGUGUGCAUCCUGUUGACGGAUAGCGUGUCGAACAUUAACAUACGUCGAACGAUACCGGAAGCGGUAGCAGCCCGAGCCAAGGGUAUCCACCUGUACGUGAUCGGUAUCGCCCUCCAAGACACGCGGGAGGUGGACGCCAUAGCCUCGCCGCCGGCUGCCGACAACAGCUUCCACGUGGAGACAUUCGACCAACUGAAAGGCCUGCAUAAGACGAUAUUCAGCGCCUCAUGCCCAGGAAUGAAGAAAUGUUCCGCUGAUGAAUAUUUGGUCAAAAAUGACUCGAUUUUGUCCGUUUCGUCUCAAUGGGAUCAAAAUGAGCCCGAUAAGUUUGGGGCUGACCAGGGGCGCCUUAAUUCCACGGAAACGGGAGAGGGAACAUCAUUCAGAGCAGGGAUAUGGGCGGCAGGUGUUGCGGAUACAAAUCAGUACAUCCAGGUAAACUUCUCAGCUCCGAAAAUAAUCACCGGCAUUGAAACGCGUGGCAGACCCAUAUCUCAGAAUCUUCAGAUUCCCCAAUGGGUGACGCAGUACCGAUUCAUGUACAGCAGAGACUGUGAGACCUUCAACACUUACACGCACACGAAUGGAUCCGACAUGUUAUUUGAUGCAAAUGAGGACGGGAACACCAUACGACCCAAUAAACUACCUUACCCAGUGCUAGGUCUGUGUGCCAGAGUGAAUCCAACACAGUGGCACGUUCAUAUCUCUAUGCAAUUUGAUGUCAAGGGUUGCGGUGGACCAAUUUGGGUGCUCUGUAAUCAACUGAGUCAUGCACCAAGCGCCCUGUGCAGUCCUGAAUGUCAAAACGGAGGGACGUGUGUAUCACCUGACACAUGUCGUUGCCCUGAUGGAUUUGAUGGACUACGUUGUCAAAACGAGAGAAAGUGUUCCGUUGAUGAAUAUUUGGUCACGAAUGACUCGACUUUGUCCGUUUCGUCGCAAUGGGAUCAAAAUGAGCCCGAUAAGUUUGGGGCUGACCAGGGGCGCCUUAAUUCCACGGAAACGGGAGAGGGAACAUCAUUCAGAGCAGGGAUAUGGGCGGCAGGUGUUGCAGAUACAAAUCAGUACAUCCAGGUAAACUUCACUGUUCCGAAAAUAAUCACCGGCAUUGAAACGCGUGGCAGACCCAUAUCUCAGAAUCAUCAGAAUCCCCAAUGGGUGACGCAGUACCGAUUCAUGUACAGCAGAGACUGUGAGAUCUUCAACACUUACACGCACACGAAUGGAUCCGACAUGUUAUUUGAUGCAAAUCAUGACGGGAACACCAUACGACUCAAUCAACUGCCUUAUCCAGUGCUAGCAUUGUGUGCCAGAGUGAAUCCAACACGGUGGCAAGUUCAUAUCUCCAUGCAAUUUGACGUCAGGGGUUGCAAUGGACCAAUAUAGAAAUAAAGAAAAAUUGCAUAUUUAUUAUUUUGUUAUCAAUGUAUUGCUCGUUUUGAAAAGUGUCUACAACAAUAACGUCUGAAUCAACAUUGUUUUUGUUCUUUGCUUCAACUCACUACGCUAUUUAAAAUUAUAUUCGGAACGAAUUACAAGACAUGCCGAUAUAAUAUUAGUUAAUUGUUGGGGAAGUAUGGACAACAUGUUAAACUAACGAGAUAUUAAUUCAUUACAUGUAUUUGUUAACAGAACAGGUGUUGAGCAUGCUUUUUGUUAUGGUUUAAUUGGCAUCUACUAGAAAUUAAAAAGUAAGGCCGAAAAUAAAUUAUUCUUUUUAGAAUUCAACCAUAAUUCAAACAUAAGUACAACAUGCACAUUUAAACAAUUUCACAGUAUUUGUUUCACAAUUAGCUGAAGUUUCUACAUUGGAGGCGUGCGAUUGUCGUUGACCGUUUAUGUGGGCUUAAAAAACAACAAUCAUAUUUUAUUUUGCUAAAAAAUAAUAAUUAUUACAUUGUAUUUACAGACUUUACAGACUUUAUACCAAACAUUAGCCAUAGUAUUAUCCCAUAUUUGUGUUCAAUUCUAACGUGUUUGUCAAAUAAAUGUAUAACUUGUUAUUAUUCAGAUUAUUGAAACACUUAUGUAAACAAUUAUGUAAUAUGUAUUUCGCAGCGGAGGAAUGUUUACACUUGCAGUAGGUUUGCAUCCAAUAAAGUAUAAGUUGAA